CUUGCGCCUGCGCAGUGUGUGCUUACUGUGGAAUCGUACGCCGGCCUAGCCGGGUGCCUCCGAGCCGCCGUAGUGCUUGUGCGAGCGGGUUGGCGAGGAAUGGAGCCGGUGGGCGGUGGCGGCGACCGCUGCGGCUCCUCCUCCGCAGACCCUCGGAGCACCUUUGUGUUGAGUAACCUAGCGGAGGUGGUGGAGCGUGUGCUCACCUUCCUGCCCGCCAAGGCGUUGCUGCGGGUGGCUGGUGUGUGCCGCUUGUGGAGGGAGUGUGUUCGCAGAGUGUUGCGGACCCAUCGAAGCGUGACCUGGAUCUCCGCGGGCCUGGCGGAGGCCGGCCACCUGGAGGGGCAUUGCUUGGUCCGCGUGGUAGCAGAGGAGCUUGAGAAUGUUCGUAUCUUACCACAGACAGUUCUCUACAUGGCUGAUUCAGAAACUUUUAUUAGUCUAGAAGAGUGUCGUGGCCAUAAGAGAGCAAGGAAAAGAACUACUAUGGAAACUGCAUUGGCACUUGAGAAGCUAUUUCCAAAACGAUGCCAAGUCCUUGGGAUUGUGGCCCCAGGAAUUGUAGUAACUCCAAUGGGAACAGGUAGCAAUCGACCUCAGGAAAUAGAAAUUGGAGAAUCAGGUUUUGCUCUAUUAUUUCCUCAAAUUGAAGGAAUAAAAAUACAGCCCUUUCAUUUUACUAAAGAUCCAAAGAACUUAACACUUGAAAGACAUCAACUUACUGAAGUAGGUCUUSUAGAUAACCCUGAACUUCGAGUGGUCCUCAUCUUUGGCUAUAAUUGCUGCAAGGUGGGAGCCAGUAAUUACCUGCAGCGAGUAGUCAGUACUUUCAGUGAUAUGAAUAUCAUCUUGGCUGGAGGCCAGGUGGACAACCUGUCAUCAUUUACUUCUGAAAAGAACCCUCUGGAUAUUGAUGCCACAGGCGUGGCUGGACUGUCAUUUAGUGGGCAGCGAAUCCAGAGUGCCACAGUGCUUCUUAAUGAGGAUGUCAAUGAUGAGAAGACUGCUGAGGCGGCCAUGCAGCGCCUCAAAGCAGCCAACAUUCCAGAACAGAAUACCAUUGGCUUCAUGUUUGCAUGUGUUGGCAGGGGCUUUCAGUAUUAUAGAGCCAAAGGGAAUGUAGAGGCUGAUGCAUUUAGGAAGUUUUUCCCUAAUGUUCCCUUGUUUGGCUUCUUUGGAAAUGGAGAAAUUGGAUGUGACCGGAUAGUCACUGGGAACUUUAUAUUGAGAAAAUGUAACGAGGUAAAGGAUGAUGAUCUGUUUCACAGCUAUACAACAAUAAUGGCACUGAUUCACCUGGGGUCAUCUAAAUAAAGCCAUCUUUAAAGUGGCUUUUGCAGUAUUCAAAGUAUUGACUUUCAACUUCUGCCUUUUCCACAAAAUGGAAAUUUGGGAUAUGUAUAUUUCAAAAAAAGAUAACUUUAGCUCUGUCUGUUCUGUAGCUUUGAUAGAUGUUCUGAGAUSACAUUUGGGUAAUUUUUAAUAUAUUAGAUGAAGGACAACUUUGUACACAAYACACACCACGAGUUGAAAGCUUUGUGUUGGGCACAAGCAAAGAAGUUGUGGCUGUGUUCACCUGUCGAAGCUGCUGUAUAAGGUGACUUUCAAUAUAGUCUUCCUGCAAGGAAUGAUCAAAGGGUGAUUCACCAGUGAGAUAAAGAUUUAAGGCAUUCUGCAUCUACCUCUUUGUAUUGGAAAUGACCUUUUAGCAGAAUCUGGAAGAUAUUUUUUCCUCCCUUAACAUCAGAGAAAAAUGAAAUGGGUUGAGCAAUCUUUCUGCUUUCCAAUUUUACCAGUCCCCCCCCCCCAGAUACUGUAAUAAUAUAAUUACUUUUUUACUUAUGAUAAAAAUUUAACUUUGUUUUGAUACUCUAAAAGUUGCUCAGAUAAAAUUGUUGAGAGACUUUUAUAAAUAAAACUAUUUUCCUUAAUAAAGAAAUUCCAAGAGAAGAAAUUUUUCUCAUAGUUUCGUAUAGCUAAUUGGCAGACCAGAAAAUUCUAUCACCUUAUUUUGAUUUUAUACCAAUAAAACAUACCUUAUAAACUCAUUCAGAUACUUUUCUGUAUUUCAAAAGCAAACUAAUCCUUUGUAAAUGAAAAACUGGAAUGUAGGUAUUUGUUAGCUGGUCAGUCCUAUCAUUCAAGUUUGAAUUUCUGACACACAAAUAUUUGAGAGGGGCAGAGAAUACCAGUAUCCCCUUAAUAUCCAUUCUUACCUUUUAUUCUAUCACAGUGAUAGAAACAAACAUUUUGGGCAUGUCCCUCCCAGAACAGAGACUACAUUUCUCAGUGUUUCUUGCAGGUAUAAUUGUUUUUUGGCUGAUGAACAUGAUGGGAAAUGAUUCCCUUUUUCUGCCUCUUUAUCUUGUUUGAAAUGUACAUCUGGUCAUGAACCAUCUUGGAUGCUGCCAAGGAGGCAAUACCCAUUGUGGAAGAAAACCAGAGAUUCUGGGUCCCUGUAUAUCUUUGUUGAAGUACCUCCAUAGCAGACCUGACCUGCCUGACCCCAGAGUGAUUGUUUUACAAAAUAGAAAUCAGCUUGCUUAAGCAGCCUUCUUCUUCCAUCCCUAGGGCUUUAUUGUAUAUGAUCUUAUAAAGUGAGAUAAAUGACGUGGCAUUUUUGUAGUGAUUAGGGGUUUUAACAGGGCAGUAGAAAACUUGCAAUAUAAGUAAAAUCAAAUGUAUUAACAUUGUUCCUGAUUUUCUGUCACUUUUCUCCCAACUUUUUACCUCGUAGAUUUUUCUCUUGCUAUUCAUGUGUAUAAUACUUAAAAGGUUCCUUUAUUUUAUGAGUAUUUUAAAUAUUCCUGAAGAGUUAGUUCCUUUUGGAGUUCCAGAAAAGUCCAAAGAAAAGUUUGAUUGAGAGAUUUUUUUUAAUCUGUAUUUCUCUUUAGCCAUUUGUUAACUUUUCUAUUAACUUUUGUUAUUUGACACUGAUAAGUUAGCUAGUAACUCCAAAAUCCUAGUCCUUGAAUAUGCUUAAGUAGAAACAUACACAAAUAUUUUAGAAAUCUUGUUCCUGAUAUGAAUCAGAAUUCGUUGAAUAAUAGAGGAAGGAGGAUUUUAAAAACUGAAAUUAUGAAUAAAAUAGGCAUGAGAAUUACAUGGAUUUUUUUAAAAAUUAAUACUCAUAAAAUGUUUUGCUACUUCUCAAAGGAGAAUCUGCCACAGGAUAACUUGCUAAACAUCUGACAUUGUUUUGGGGUUUCUUUUAAUAGGUUAGCCUUUUGGCACUUGUCAGAGACAAUAAAAUCAUUCAAUCACAUGGUUGUAAUCUUAGUACAAAGUAAAAAGGGGAGAACUUGACCCAAUAGAAGUAAUAGUAUAUCUCGAUAACAAAAGCCAUCCUUUCUGCAUCUCAGAGGUUGUGAGGUUGUAUGCAAGUAAUUUAACUAAAGUCAGAGCUAUAUUACAGUUUUGAAAGAUCUGUCCUACAAGCAAGCAUUAAAGAGUAAUUACUGAAAUUCCUUGAGAUGGCAAACCAUUGUAGCCACUUGUGAAACUGCAAAAAUGAUCACAUAAAAAAAAAAAAGACAGACAUAAAGGUGAAUCCUUACAGUCUUCACAUGCUGAGCUGUCUUAAGAU